UUGUCUUCUCAUCCCGGGAGGAGGGCAAGGCCAUGGGUCUGCCCUUGCUGCUGUCCCUGCUGCUGUCCCUGGCAUCUCUGCAGGCAGGUCACUGGGCAGAACCCAAUCCAAGCACUGACUUUGGGAUGAACCAACCAAAGGAACUCUCAGCCCCCAAGGGUGGCUCCAUCCACAUCCCCUUCUCCUUCUAUUACUCCUGGGAAUCAGCCAAGGUUCCCAACGUGAGAAUAUUCUGGAGAUGGAAACACUUCCAUGGGGAGUUCAUCUACAACACAACCCCGCCGUUCAUCCACAAGGAUUUCAAGGACCGGCUCCUCCUGAACUGGACAAAGGGUGGGCACAACGGCUCCCUCCAGAUCUCGAAACUGCAGUGGAAGGAUGAGUCCAGGUACUUCUGCCGGGUGGAGGUGGACACGCUGAGACAAGGCAAGCAGACGUGGCAGUCCAUCGAGGGAACCGCACUCACCGUCAUCCCCACCACCAAGACAACAAUUCAAGGCCCCACCACCACCAACACAACCAUUCAAGGCCCCACCACCACCAUCACCACCACAGCUGGCCUCAGGGUCCCAGAGAGCAAAAGGAGUUCAUGGUCUUGGCCCUUGAGUACUGAAGCUACAGUCGGGUUGGCACUGGCUAGCGCUGUGCUCAUAACUGCAAUUGUGGGACUGAUUGUGUACCUCAGGUGGAAGAGAAGCAAAGGUCUGCAGACUAAAGCCAGAACCCCAGCCAGGGGAUCCUUCCAAAACCCAGAGGAGAAAUACGAGAACACUGGGAAUAAAGGACAACAUACAGGCCCCAAGCUGGACACCAAGGAUGAUGACAUCUUCUAUGCCUCCCUCGCGCUCUCCAACUUGACCUCACCAGCAGCGCCUCCCCACCCGCCUCCCCAAGAGGGCCCCCAGGAGGAGACGCUAUACUCUGUCUUAAAGGCCUAAGGAGUGGGACUGAGUGAGGACCUGCUUAGAGUCAGCUGCACACAGGGAUCUCAGUUCCUCAUAAUCACCCUGGACAGACACAGACGACUCAGAAGCCAGCAGGUGUUGAAGGCCACCAAGGACCUGAGAGACACACAGCCACCUGCUCCAGUUCCCUCUUCAACUUCCUAGCCCUUGACCACAAAAAUAAAAGUCCCUGUACAAUUUGCCUGAAUGCAUCUAAGGAGAAAGCUGACAUCACCUUCAACUUCUGUCCUUCUUGCCAUAAAUGAACCAUAAUAGAUAGCUCACACUCAGAUCCCUCCCCUAGUCCUUUUGUUCAGUGACUGCCUCAGGCCAGGGACCAAUAAAUCCCCAAACACUGGUAGUCAGUCCGGAAGCGAAGGUUUGUCCCCCUACUUUAACCAUUCUACUUUCCUUAGGAAGAUAACUAGCAUGCAUUGUGUCAGUGCCUUACGUGCAUCACCUCAUUUCAGCAUCAUCAAGCACCCUACAUGGCACUGGAGGUACCAUCUGAGGCAGG